GCCUAGCUUUAGCCACGUUUUCUGUCACUCUGACUAUAAUGACAUUGCAGAGGAUCUUGGUAUUAUUGUCCUUUGAGGAUUAGAGAUCACAGUGUCAGCCAGCAUAUCCAUCUCUUUUACUCAAUUAUUGCCUCACCUAAUUUCGAUUUUGCCUCUGUUCAAUGUUUCCCUUCCAACAAAUUAUUGAAUUUUAGCAGCAGAUCCCUUGUAAUCCCCACCAAGAUAUUGUCCAAAACGAUCAAUUCUCGGGUGGAGCUUCUAACAACCUUACCAAGUUAAUGGGGGAUGGCCAGCCUCAGCCUCCUGCAAUAUUAGCAAAUUCAAACACUAAAAAUGAUGUUGGUUUUUCUUGCGAUGACAAGAAGAUCAUUCGCAAGGAGAUUGAACGGCAGAGAAGGCAACAAAUGUCUACUCUUUGUGCAUCGCUGCGAUCCCUCCUCCCUCUUGAAUCACUCAAGGGAAAGCGUGCAAUAUCUGAUCACAUAAAUGAGGCUGCAAAAUAUAUAAAAGACCUUCAGAAUAACGUCCAAGAAUUGAGUGUUACGAGAGAUAAGCUCAAGCAUCUGUUGAAUUCGACUUCUCUUGAUGACCAAGGGAAUGAAAUUAGUUCACUCGAUAAUUUGAUGAACAAUACUGUUACUGUCCUGUCUCGUGUGAGUGGAGUGGAGAUUGUUGUAAGUUCUGAGUCCGGAGAAGGCAAUUUUCUUCUAUCAAGAGUGCUGGAAGCUGUUAUAGAAGAAGGAUUUGAAGUUGUUAGCUGCAUUUCCACCAAAAGAGAUGGAAGGUUAUAUAACACUAUGCAGUGCCAGACUAGCCAUCUCACUUGCAUUGAUGUAGCUGCACUGCAACAGAAACUGAAUGAUGUGAUAUUGUCAUCGAGAUUCAUUUCUCGUUCAUGAGUAUUUAUAUCUGCACGCCUCAAGAGCUAUGAUGAACGCUAGAAUUGGUUAUAUAUGUAUAUAUAUGAACAUGCAGUUGCAAACUGUUUGAUGAUGUCCUUCUGAGAUAUUCUUUUUGUAGAGUGUGAACUAAAAAGAAUCUGAUGUUGAUUUCUAUCGUUAACCAUAUCUUCGUGAUAUUCCUUAAGUAGUUUGCCUAUUUUUGAUUAAAAAAAAAUAAUCUAUAUGACAUGAAAUCCAGGGGAUUGAUGGGAAUCACUGAGGAAAGGAAGAAGGCCACUCAGGUAAUUUUAUUAAUAAUUACUGCAAUGCUGAUGAUGAGAAUUACGAAGAUAGUAUUUCUAAAUACUACUUCAGUCUUCAUUUGGACAUGUGUUGAUUAUGUGCUAGCUAUUUUUAGUUUAUUUUUAUGAUAAAUUUAACAUAUUCUAACUAGUAAGAGAAUUUGUGAAAUAGUUGAAAAAUGAAGUUCUAAAUUCCUUUUGUUGAAAGCAUGCAUUUAUAGAAGUUGAUAUAUAAUUAUAAAUAUGUAAAAUCAAUAAUAGCUAUUUACUAUAUUUUAAUAAAUUUAAUUAAGACAAAUAUAUAAUUACAUCAUCUUGCAUAAGUACAGUAACUUUGAAGCAUACAUCAUUCAUACACAUAACUGCUAAGCAACUCAUUCUUAUCUAACUAUCAUACUCGCUUAUUCAGUAUUCUUGACUACAUAGUGAUUUUUUCAUACUUUUGUGUUGAAGCAUAAACGAUAGAUUGAGUGUUAUUGUAGCAAGGCAAUGUUAGCAGUUAUUACUGCAGGUUUUGAUCACAUGUUCUAGUUCAGGUUGUUAUACUUUUGUGUUUUAUUGCCUCUUCUUUUUGUAGUGAUUUUGUUUUUUUUCCAGAUUUUGUUAUUUAACAUGACUUAUUUUAGAUUGGAUGUAUUGAGUAGGUCUGCUGAUCGAGCUUAGUUACAGGAUUCAUCAUGUUGAGGAUUUUCAUGAAUAUUUUGAUAAAAUUAUCACACUUAUAUAUUUAUAAAGUUGGUGGCUAUAAAUUUUCUUGGAGCUGUAUUGCCCUUUGCAUCUGUUAAAAUGAUGCAGCACAAAAUCUGAUUUUGAUUUCUUUAUCUUUUUUUUUUUUGUGGCACCCUAUUUCUUGGUUUGUUUAUCUUGAACUCAUAGCAGUCUUUAUGGCUUUUAUUCUCUUGGGUAGGUUUUGUUUGCAUUUUUCUAGGUUUUUUGUUUCACUUAGUGCAUGAUCUGACGUACGCUUGUUGUAGCUAGUUAGGCAUGUUGUGGAAGUUGGCAAUAGAGCAGCAAGAAUUUUGUAGGCACAAUGCGCGCGAUAACACACAGAAUAUAUAGUACGUACCAGGAAGACUAUGAUUUUCAUGAUUGUCAUGUCUCCAUCCAGAGCGAGUCGUAGACGAAUUAGGGUUGGAUCCAUGCAUAUAUAUGGUGAAACAGAGAACUGUUUCUCCUAGUGUACAGUACACAAGAAAAAUCCAACUCCUUCUUCUUCUUUUGCAUAUAUCCGAGUAGGAAUUGAUUAACAUAUUUGCUUAUAGGUCACCUGCGCUGUAUUCCUAUUAUUCUAUCUUUUUUAUUUUUUCAAAAUUUUGGAUUGUGGAGGGUAGAAUUCAAUUUGUUAAUUAAGUUCCAAUAAUAAAUUCC